AUGGCUAAAACAGAGAAGGAGCUACUGAACAACAAUAAGUCCCUCAAGUUACGUUACUUUGGGAAUGUGAUGAGACACCCACAUGACAACAUUCAAUCUAACAUAUCAAACAUAGAUGAGAACUAUUGCGAUGAUAUCGAUGGGUUACCCACGGCAUGUCCCAGUACUCUGGAGGGAGUGAACGGGCUAGCAGUCGCAAUCAGCUAUGUCCUUGUCUUCUUCGUUGGAUUUCUGGGGAAUACAGUAGUGAUCUAUGUGGUAUGGACUAUGGAGAAGCACAGAACAUCUACAGAUGUCUACCUGAUGCACCUAGCCGUGGCUGAUUUGCUUUUCUCCCUCACGUUGCCUUUUUGGGCCAUCUACGUAAACAAAUCGAACUGGAUCUUCGGCAGCUUUCUUUGCAAGCUGCUGUCAGGUGUCCAGGAGGCGUCAUUUUAUUGUUGUGUGUUCCUGCUGGCCUGUAUUAGCAUUGACCGCUAUGUAGCGAUUGUCAAAGCCACACAGUUCCUCUCCCAACAGCGCUAUGUUGUCAGGAUAGUGUGUGCUUUAGUGUGGCUGGGUGCUAUUGCGUUGUCCAUUCCCGUCGUGGUUCAACGGGAAGCACUGCUAAUACAGAGCUACGACAACAUAACUCAGUGUUACGAUAAUUUUACAGCUAACACGACAGAUGCUUUGCGAAUCCUUCGUCACAUCCUGGGCUUCUUUCUUCCCCUUACGUUCAUGCUGGUGUGCUACGGCUGGACGGUGGGAACCCUCUUCCGCUCCCGUAACAGCCAAAAGCACAAAGCAAUGCGAGUGAUUUUGUGUGUGGUGCUGGCUUUUAUAAUCUGCUGGCUGCCAAACAAUGUCGCAGAGCUUCUUGAUACACUGAUGCGGGGUAAGCUCAUUGAGGACACUUGCAAGCAUCAGGACAAUCUGGAGGUAAUCAUGUAUGUCAGUCAGGUUUUAGCGUUUACACACUGUGCCAUCAACCCCAUUCUCUACGCCUUUGUGGGCAAGAAGUUCAGGAACCAUCUGCUUCAGCUGCUUUCCAAAAAAGGACUGGUGAACACAGACACACUCGUCCGUUACCGACUGGGUUCAAUCUACAAUUCUGGAAGCUCCAGACAGACCUAUGUCACAAUGUAGAGCAUCUAGUCAUGUGACUCUAAAACGGCAUUGCUUUGGUGGCCAAUAACAGUGCUUGGAAUGUUAUGCCUUUGUGGUCAAUCACAAGACAGCAGGGUUAAACACAGGAUUUGAUCUUAUGAUGUGCUACACUGUAUGAUAUAAUAAA